GGUUGUCAGGAGCAACCAAGGAAGCCAACUAACAGGCUUGCUAGAGUCUGAGGACUAUCCAGGGCCUGACUGCCAGCUAGCCAGCCAUGGGCCAGGAUUAUUACUCUGUGCUCGGGAUCACUCGCAAUUCAGAGGAUGCCCAGAUCAAGCAGGCGUACCGCAGACUCGCCCUUAAGCACCACCCGUUGAAGUCAAAUGAGCCGUCUUCAGCAGAGAUUUUCAGGCAAAUAGCAGAGGCCUACGACGUGCUGAGUGACCCCAUGAAGAGAGGCAUCUAUGACAAGUUUGGAGAAGAGGGCCUGAAGGGUGGGAUUCCUUUGGAGUUUGGAUCCCAGACCCCAUGGACAACUGGUUACGUCUUCCACGGCAAACCUGAAAAGGUGUUCCACGAGUUCUUUGGUGGAAACAACCCCUUCAGUGAGUUUUUUGAUGCAGAAGGAAGUGAGGUAGAUUUGAACUUUGUGGGGCUCCAGGGCCGAGGGGUCAAGAAGCAGGACCCCCAAGUCGAACGGGAUCUCUACCUGUCCCUGGAGGACUUAUUCUUUGGCUGCACCAAAAAAAUUAAGAUCUCCAGAAGGGUGCUGAACGAGGAUGGGUACUCCUCCACCAUCAAGGACAAGAUCCUGACCAUUGAUGUGAAGCCCGGUUGGAGGCAGGGCACACGCAUCACCUUUGAGAAGGAAGGGGACCAGGGCCCCAACAUCAUCCCAGCAGACAUCAUUUUCAUCGUAAAGGAGAAGCUACACCCUCGCUUCCGCAGGGAGAAUGACAACCUCUUCUUCGUGAACCCCAUCCCUCUUGGCAAGGCUCUCACCUGCUGCACUGUGGAGGUGAGGACCCUAGAUGACCGUCUGCUCAACAUCCCCAUCAAUGACAUCGUCCACCCCAAAUACUUCAAGAAGGUGCCAGGGGAGGGGAUGCCAUUGCCGGAGGACCCCACUAAGAAAGGGGAUCUCUUCAUCUUCUUCGACAUCCAGUUCCCCACCCGCCUCACACCCCAGAAGAAGCAGAUGCUGCGCCAGGCAUUGCUGACAUGACUGUGGUGGGCUGGAGCAGGGGUGAGAGGAGGCUAGCCGGGCCUCACCCCACCCCUACCCGCCACAGCCUCAGGGUGUGCAGGGGAGCCUGCUGCACAGAUAUGAUACCAGGGUGGGAUGGCACAGGGCUUAAACUGACAUAAUAAAGAUCUAUUUCCUGUCCUCCAGCUACACCCACGAGAGUA